AUGGCUGAAUCUGGCACCAACGGCAUCAACGGCACCAACGGCCACGCCACCCCAUCUCCAGCAGCAGCAGCAUACCCAGCAACCGACUCCCCAAUCGGCAACAUCGCCUCCCUGCACAACAAAGUCGCCUUAAUAACCGGCGGGAGCAGCGGCCUCGGACGCGCAAUCGCACAAGCCUACGCGGCAGCAGGCGCAUACAUCGUCAGCGCCGACCUACAGGAGCAGCCACCACGAGCGCCCGUCGUCGAGGCCGCUCUGAACAGCGACGUGAAAUCCGGCGCCAGUGUGCCUGCCACGGACCUUGAUUUCAGCACCCCGACCGUCGAGCUGGUGAAUCGGCGGUGGCCGGCCAGGGCGGAGGAUGCCAGUGCCAAUGCCAGUGGUGGCGUGAAGGGCGAGAGGGAGAAGCGUGCCGUCUUCGUCAAGGCCGAUGUUACGAAUGAGGACAGUGUCGAGAAUAUGGUCAAGACUGCCGUCGAGACUUACGGCCGCUUGGAUAUUAUGGUGAAUUGUGCUGGCAUAUCCGCCGAAUCACAACACCGCAGCAGCACCGGCUCCUUAGCCCGAAUCCACGAAACACCCGUCUCGAUCCUCGACGCCUCUCUGGCCGUGAACGUGCGAGGCGUGUGGCUGGGGACGAAACACGCGGUCCGACAAUUCCUUGCACAGGACCCAAGUCCCACGUCGACAUCGCGCGGCUGGAUCAUCAACCUCGCAUCUAUCCUGGCGUCGACCGGCCUGACGGGCGCAUCGAGCUACUGCGCGUCCAAGGGCGCGGUGCUGAACCUGACGCGCGCGACGGCCCUCGAGUACGCCGCCGACAAGAUCCACAUCAACGCCAUCCAGCCGGGCUUCACCGACACGCAUUUCCUCGAGACCCUGUAUGCGACGGCGCCGGGCGGACGCGAGGGCGCCGGGAAGCACCUGAAUGUUCUGCAUCCGUGGGGCCGCACCGGGCGCGCAGAGGAUAUUGCCCGUGUCGCCGUCUUCUUGGCCGGUGAGGGCGUCAGUUGGGUUACCGGUAGUAGUAUCGUUGUCGAUGGUGGCUAUCUGGCGCAGUGA